CAAAACAUGAGAAUCACCACUAGUAACAGAUGCAUAACCAAUAAUAGUAUCAAUAUCUAACAAGUAUCUACCUACUAUCUAUGCAUCAAAGUUCAAGAAAAUACCUCGCAUUGUGUUUAAAGAAACUCACUCAUACCUUGAACUUUACGAGCUUUCCGUCACCAAGAUGAACAACUCCACCUUCAACUAGCUCUAGAGAUUCAAAAGUAUUUCUUCUUCAAACACAUGUGAUAGGAGCUUCCAAAGUUCAUGACUCAACACUCCACUGAUUCUCAACUUCCACUAGCACCUCUGCAUCCUCAUGAUAAGUUGUUGUUUCAGACGUAACCCGAGUAUUGUUAGCACCGCCUCUCCAGACUGAUGUCGAGUAUUAUUAUCACCGCCUCUCCAGGCUGGCCUUGUGUAACCCUGAUUGCAUCAGUGCAUCCUUGACUUAAUAUUUCACAAGCCAAACAUGAUUCUUCCAUCAAUUUUCUCUAGCCUAAACUUCACAAUAGAACUCCCUCCUCCUGAAUCAAACCAAGAGCUCUGAUACCAGUUGUUGGAAAAAACCGGCAUAGAGAAAAUAAAAGAACGCAAUCAACAACACAAGAAUAUAACGUGGAAACUCCAAAUCGGAGAAAAAAACCAUGGUCGUUGUCAAAACCGACAACCAGAGAAUAAACACUAUGUGAAAAUUGUUACAACACAUAGACUUCACUCUCAAUCACCCCAUGCCCCAAUACACCCACACUCUCCAAAGUAAAUAUUUGAACUACAUCUCAAAUACUCUUAAACAAGAGCAUAAGAGAAAAGCAAAAAAGACACAAAUAUAAACUUAAAGUGUUUACAAGUGUUACUGCUUGGUGCAAUUAUAAACAGAACUUAGGUCCAUUCUAUAGCCUUGAUUCCCUUAUUGCUUCACCAUUAUAAGCGAUGUGGGAUUUCUUCAAUAUAAUUUCUUUGACCUUUUUUUUUUUUUCUUCAUUAGCAAUGUGGGACUUACAUUGCAAUCAAUCCCAACAAUUUUGUCAAGGGGGGGUACCAUAAGAUCAAGACUUCAUUUAUGCUAAUCAAUCCUUUUACCAUAAUAAAGAUAAUCAAUGCAGCACCCUCCUUUGAAACUUCCACUAUUCUUUAUUCCAUGCGUGUAUUGCUUGCUUUUAGCAAAUGCUCUAAGGAAUUUGUUUUUGUGGUUUUAUGCACACAAACCAACUAUUUGCGUGUCUAUCAAUCUCGAAACUGUGGUUGGGUUACUUUUUCUUCAAAGAUUGGAAAUCAAGAGUGGGUUGUUCACUUUGUGGUUUUGCAUAAUGUAAUAUACCUUGUCACUAACAAGGCCAACAUAGGGGUACUCAGUUUGAAUUCUCCAAAUAUUAAAUUUCUAAAACUGAAGAGUACUCCUAAUGUAACUAACAUAAACUUUAAGUUGGUUAAUUGUGAUGAGCAACUUUUAGUGGUUGAUUCAAGGUGCCAUCAAAUAAGGAAUGUAUACAAGAUAGACUUCUCCACCAUGAGUUAUGUCAAACUGGAAACUUUGGGAGACAUGGCAUUAUUUUGUAAUGUCCGUACUACGAAGACGGACUGUUAUGCAUUGAACAAUCCGAACAGGUGGGGAUAUGAGAGCAACUCUGUGUAUGUCACCACUGAAUCAACUACCAUGUGCAAAGUUUAUUCAGCAGAUGAUAAAAAAUUGCAAAAAUACAUUAAGCUUCCAACUCUUGGUAAAUCAAAUCACUACAUCUAUGAUUGGUGUUUUAAACAUCUACUACACGAGAUAGAUUAUUCUCUGGUUGGGUGACAGGCAUAGUGUACACCGUGUUACUUAUGGUCUUUGGGAGAAAUUUCCUCUUCAAUGUCUCCUUAGGUAGCUGUCCCCCCUUGUUUGGUCUUUGUCAUUGUGAAUUUUGUAAUUGGAGUAAAUAUACUCUCUUUUUGGUAGUGGUUCUUAGGUGUAUUUUAGUGCCUAAGGGCUGUUUUUGGGCGGUGUUUGGCUUAUGCUGUUUCUAAUUUUCAUUUAAGUGUAGAAUUGCUGAAAUUGUGUCUGCAUUACUGCUGGAUCAAUGAAAGUUUAUUUGAAUGUUU